UUCACUUUCAACCAACAGCACUCGAUUCGCAUCUUCACCAUGGCCAAUAUCACCCAUCUAAGCAACACCACUGUCUCCAACAACAUAUUGAAAAAAUACAAAAUAGUCUUUUUGGGCGAGCAAGGUGUGGGCAAAACGUCGUUGAUUACCAGAUUUAUGUAUGAUACCUUUGAUUCUCAGUAUGCUGCCACAAUAGGGAUCGACUUCCUAUCCAAGACAAUGUAUCUUGAUGACAAAACCAUUCGUCUACAGCUAUGGGACACUGCUGGACAAGAGAGAUUUAGAUCCUUGAUCCCUUCCUAUAUCAGAGACUCCAAUGUUGCUGUGGUGGUCUACGAUAUAUCUCUGAAAUCAAGUUUUGAUUCAAUUGACAAAUGGGUCGAAGACGUCAAACUAGAAAGAGGCCCAAACGUUCUCAUUACUAUUGUUGGAAACAAAAACGAUCUAGUUGAUAAAAGACAAGUCUCUCAAGACGAAGCUGAACAAAAGGCUAAAAAAUUAGGUGCCAAAAUCUUUCUUGAGACAAGUUCUAAAGCUGGCUAUAACGUUAAACCUCUAUUCAGAAAAAUUGCUCAGCUAUUGCCCGAUUUUGAGAACAGCAAGUCUAAUGAUGAUGAUAAUAAUGAUAAUCCUGAACUAAUCGAUAUAUCAAUUGAAAAUAAUACCACCACUGAACAGAACUCAUGCCAAUGUUAAUAAUAUUUCAAACUUAUUAUAUCUCAUUCCAUCUUAUUUUUAAUUUUUUCAAUUUUUGGGCCUAACUGUUUAUUUUUUUUUCCUUCUUUUCUCUCUCACCUUCUUUUUUUUUGCCUUUAUUUCCAAUUGGAGAAGUUAGUUUUUAUUUAUCUUUUGUUUGAUUAUAAUUGUAUGUUUUGUUCCUUUCUUUUAUUUUUCUUUUCCAUUACUUUCUCAUUCCGGUUGAUUCAUUUAAAUACAUAAUUAUUAAUGUUCUCACUACUAUAGUCUUUUUUAUUUUUUUUAUUUUCAUUUGUUAUUUAUAUUUGUCAAUGAAACUAAAAAAUGUGAGCAUUAAUUGAAUGCAAGAAUAAAAACAAAAUUAAACCAUACACAAAAUAAAAUUAAAAUUAAAAUUAAAAAAAAAUUAAUAAAACAAACCAAUUAAUAAACAAUAUAAUAUAUAUUUAUAUAUACAUAUAUACAUGUGCUUUCCGC